UGGGCGUUGAUUUCCGGUAUUAAAUGUGUGGAUUUUCAGGUUUCACAGUGUGUGAGUAAUGCGUGUGUGUGUGUAGGUGUGUGUGCGUGUGUGUUGUAUGUGUGUGUGUGUUGCAUGUGUGAGUGAAAGUGUGAGAGAGUUUGUAGCGCGGUUGUAAACGCUCCCAGCUCGGAUACUGUCACCGCUUUGCACCGCAGGCAAGGUCCGUGUUCCUACAUGCAAGUUACCGUCACGGCUCCACAAUCUUUGGCCAGCAAUGACUGAAAGCCCCGCGACCAAGCCGACCGAUGGAGAAGUGUGUCAGCGUGUGAAGAACGGACUGAAACCGGAGAGAAACGGCUUGGUGAAGAGCCUCCACCGCUGCCAUGAGCGGGAGCACAAGCACCACUGCCACCCCGAGGAGGAGGAGGUCCACUCAGACUCCCAUCAUGGCAGCCUGUACAGUCGGCCCUUCAUCGAAUCUUUCGAGGAGACGCCCAUGCUGGUGGCAGUGCUCACGUACAUGGGCUACGGCAUCCUGACCAUCUUUGGCUACCUCCGCGACUUCCUCCGUCACUGGAAAAUCGAAAGGUGCCACAUUGCCAGGGAGAGGGAGGUGCAAAAGGACUUUGUUCCGCUCUACCAGGAUUUUGAGAACUUUUACACCAGAAACCUCUACAUGCGGAUCAGAGACAACUGGAACAGGCCCAUAUGCAGCGUCCCAGGGGCCAAAAUGGACCUGAUGGAACGAGCAUCCCAUGACUACAACUGGACUUUUGAGUACACGGGGCGUGUGGUGCAGGAUGUGAUUAACUUGGGCUCAUAUAAUUACCUCGGCUUCGCUGAGAAUACAGGUCCAUGUGCUGACUCUGCAGCCGAGGUCACCAUGAAGUAUGGCGUCGGAGUUGCAAGCACCAGGCAGGAGACUGGCAACCUGGACAGACACGAGGAGAUGGAGAAACUAGUGGCUAAGUUCCUGGGUGUGGAGUCAGCCAUGGCGUUUGGGAUGGGGUUUGCAACCAACUCCAUGAACAUACCAGCCCUGGCUGGGAAGGGCUGUCUGAUUCUGAGUGAUGAACUGAACCAUGCCUCUCUGGUCCUGGGAGCCAGACUCUCUGGGUCCAUCAUCAGAGUCUUCAAACACAACAAUAUGCAGAGCCUUGAGAAACUGCUGAGAGAAGCCAUAGUUCACGGACAGCCCAGGACUCACAGACCAUGGAAGAAGAUCCUCAUAGUCGUGGAGGGCAUUUACAGCAUGGAGGGCAGUAUAGUACACCUGCCUGAAGUGAUUGCACUGAAGAAGCACUACCGGGCAUACCUUUACCUCGACGAAGCCCACAGCAUAGGGGCUCUUGGGCCGAGAGGGAGAGGUGUGGUCGAUUACUUUGGCCUAGAUCCUUGUGAUGUGGAUGUCAUGAUGGGCACAUUUACCAAGAGCUUUGGUGCUGCAGGGGGAUACAUCGCAGGGAAACGGGAGCUUAUUGAGUACCUGCGCUCCCAUUCUCACAGUGCAGUCUACGCCACCUCCAUGUCUCCUCCUGUGGUGGAGCAAAUCAUCACUUCUAUGAAGUGCAUUAUGGGAGAGGAUGGCACAGCAAUAGGCCGUGAACGUGUGCGACAGCUGGCAGAGAACACAGUCUAUUUCCGCAAGAGGCUUCGAGAAAUGGGCUUCAUCAUCUAUGGCAACAACGACUCUCCUGUCAUACCUAUGAUGCUCUACAUGCCUGCCAAGAUAGGAGCGUUUGGGAGGGAGAUGCUGAAGAGGAACAUCGGGGUGGUGGUCGUGGGCUUCCCCGCUACACCCAUCAUCGAGUCCCGGGCACGCUUCUGUAUCUCAGCCGCCCACACAAAAGACAUGCUCAACAGGGCUCUGAGUGUCAUCAGCGAAGUAGGAGACCUUCUUCAGCUAAAGUACUCCCGACACAGAAUACAGCCGUCUUUGGCGCGGCCUUUUGACGAUAAUGUGUAUGAGGACAUUGACGACUGAUGAACCAGUCCUCUCCUGAAGUGGCGUGAACCUGAACAACCCCAGAAAAUACAGAACGGGUCAAGAUGGAUCACAAGUCUUCCACAAGGACCGAGAUGUGCACAGGUGCCCCUUGUCACUCGCUUGCCAUGACGUUACAUCCCCCAACAAAAGGAAAACUCAUUGUACUUUGCCUUACCUAAACAUGCAGAACUUGUGGUGAACACACUGAAAAACAGCACCUAUGCUUUUUUGUGUACUUUUUAUUUCUCUUUUUUUGUCAUUUUGUGUCUAAGAUUUUUUUGUUUGGAUGUAUGUGAAUGUUUUUUUAGUGCUUGCGGCAUUUGUCUCGUUAAGCCUUGUUGUUAUGUAUGUGAAGUGGACAGGUGUCAGCUCUCCAAAUGUCUUUUAAAUUGUGAGAUUCUGGGAUAUUUUUCAUAUCAUGGAUGAUGAUGAAGUGAACUUUAAUGGGAUAAAGUUAGAUUUCUUUUAAUCAUUCUAAUUUAAAAUAACAAAAUCCAUAUCAUCUUUCAUUGAGAACAGUUCAGAUCAGUCAUUAAUGUUGUAGACUGAAAACAGAAAGCACUGGAUGUUGCACUGUUUGCACAGGACCAUACAAGUCCCCAUUAUUUUAGCUCCACCAACAAAGUUGGAGAGUCUGAUUGUUUGAAGAUAAUACACAAAAUGAAAUGGAUUUGGCUGAAAUAAAAAGACUGUCCUUGGUUUAAGUAUUGAAUAAUUAAGUCAUUCAGAUCUGGAAUUCCUACCAUUAGACAAUUGAUGUUGUUUUGUCCCCACUUAUUUGACCAUGGUCAUAUUCUAAUGGGAAAAGUCCAACAUCCAGGAACUGUUUUUACACUUGUUUUUGUGGGAGUGUGCACUCUACUUGGUGCCUUCUAGUUUUGUCAAAGAUUAUUUUUUAUGUUGAACUUUGAGAACACAUUUUAGGAAGCAAGACUAACACAACACCUACAACCAUACUGCUCCUUAAAUGUGACAUGACCAAACAUUUCUGAAUCACUAUUGUGACCACAUUACAUUGUCGUCAUUCCAUCCUUGGUUCUCCUAAAUGUGCUAUAAACAUAGAACCUCGGAGUUAAGUGUGGAACUUCCAUCAACAUUGCUUAUGUAGCACUAUGAAAAGGUUGCCAAAUAUUACAUGCUGAACAGCAGAUUAUUACUCUGAUUAUCCAAAAGGUACUUGACAAAAGUGAUACUUACCUUAAGUCUGUACACUAAAACUUAAGAUAAAGCCUGAAGAGAGAGAGUUCCAGCACCCAAAACUAUCAAACUGUUGUUUUUACAUUUUGGUUUUUGUAUCAGUUUAACAAUCUAACUCUUAACAAGAAAGCAAAUAAUUUCCCAAAAUGCCAAAAUAUUGCUUUAAUUUUGGCCCAAUUGGGUGAUUUUUAAUGCUUUCUAUAGUAAACUAGCAACUAGUUAGCAUGAUGUUUUACCUCAACUGACACCAGCUUAGAGCCAGUUCAACAGUGGCAAAUUGGAAAUGGGUCCAAAGCACUAGUGAGUAUGCCAUUAGACAUGUUACAGUGUAAGAGAAUAAAUUGACUACACACACAGGAAGAACCUUAUACUGCAUAACUAAUGCAACAUUUCAUAAAUAUAAGACUCUCUGGCAGCUCCUACAAUUAGAGGUUCAUAUCCUUUUACACAAACUGUAUAUGGUGAUAGCAGAAUCCAUCAAAAUCAUCAAGCAUAGCAGCUCUAUCCAUUCUGAAUGGAAAAACACCCUUUUUACUAAAACACUCACAAAUCCGUAGUUAGUCACUCCGCCAUACAUUUUAUUUUGUCUUUUGUCAGCUUUAAAUGAAUUUCAUUAAUUUUGUUGCAUCUUUAUUGACAUUAUAACUAAUAAUAGUAUUUUUGCAUUUUACAAAAAGUUUUCAAUAUAGUGUAUCUGUGUGUCGUUAGUGAUUACACUAUUUUUAAAAAGUGGCAUUUUAUUGACCAGUAGAAAUACUAGUUUUCAUGAAUGAUAACUUAAAGGUGAUACAUGUAAGUUUUUGCUAUUGCUACAUAUCCAACAUUAGCAUUAACAGCUGUCUACAGCACUAGAAGAAAUGUUGUGAAUUCAACAUCAAACUUCAUUCCCUGACAGCCAAGAGCUGUCUCCAGCAGUGGAGAGCAACACCCAUAUAUAACUCUGUCACCUUUCUUCUACUGGAGUUAGCAUGCUAAUCAGCUAGCCACAUCAGUCUUUACAAUAGUGAGUCACUGUAGUCCAGUCUGCCUCAGUCCAUCAUUACGAGAGGGUAUAUUCUAACCUCCGCUAAAACUCUUGGUAAUUAAACAGCUUUUAAUGCUAAUGUUGGCUAUGUAGCAAUAGCAAAAACUUACAUAUUGCAACUUUUAAAAAGAAACAUUGCAAUUCUGCUGCUGGAAAAAUGAAAACAAAUGUCAGUUGAAACUUGAAUGGGGAAUUUAAUCCUCAAACAUCUGUUACAUGUUUGAAUUUGGUCAGCCUCCUCUUCCCACAACUAUAUGUCACCAUCACUGGCAUCCUCCAGUGUGAUUGUAUGUUUUUUCAGUUGACCAAUUGAGUGUGUUUGGAUCAUUUAAAGUCUUACAGAUCACUUCAAAGAUUAAGUGACUCAGUUGUGAUAAGAUUAGUCUUACUUUUUUAUGGAAAGACCAAUAUCUGCCCAGUGUAAUGCAAGUGUAAGCUGUUGUUAUCUACUGACGUGUAGGGGGUCAGUUUAGUAAGUUCAGGAAUUGAAAAAAAAUAAAUUAUAUUUAUAUACUUAUACCUUCAGGCCUGUCAAGAGAAUAUUUUGAACUGGUAAGACUAAACUAGUCUAGAAGUAAAUCAGAGUUGUUUCUAAUUUCCCUCAUUUCCACCCUAUCUCUUGGGUGGUUAGUAAUAACAUCAUCGCUUUUUGUCUGAUAAUGUUGUUUUAUUGGCUUGUAAAACAAAGUGCUAUCGUUGUGCUGUGACUGAAAAGUUAUUAAUAACUUUAAUCAGUGUGUGACAGGGAGUGUGUGUGUUAGCUUGCAUGGUUUUGGCUAUUAUUGUAUGUGUUAUUGCACUCUUGCCUUGCUUUUCUUCCACGCCUGUCUCUUAAAUUCUUGGUUUAUCUAUUUAUCUAAAAUAUGCUAUUGAGCUUUUACUCUCCUUAAUGAAGGCAGCUGUAAAAAAAAAAAAAAAAGAUUAAUUAAAAAAAAAUACCACAUGCAUACAGUUACACUUGCAUGUGUGCACACUGGCAAAUAUUGUUCCUCAUAAUAAUGCAUGUACAGCUGCUCUGCACCACAGCCAGCCAUAGGUGCUCAAUGAUAUACACUGUUCUGCUAGAUGUGACUUUUUUGAAUGUUGUCAUAAAAAUCCACUUCCAUUACAGAGAAUGUUUGAGCAACAUUUCUGUCUGGGAUCUAGGGAGGUUCUCUCUCUCUCUCUCUCUCUCUCUUUUUUUCCUUCCAUGUUCAUGUUUCUCUGUUACUGUAAAUUGGAGUCAUAGAAAUUGAUUUAGUUUCCUCACUGUAGACAAAGUCUCAAAAUCCAAAUCUCAGAAUUACAAAUGAUUGUCCAUGAGCUGAAAGCUAAGAGUGAUAAUGUUAUCGAUACAGAAUGUGUUUUUUGUGUAUUUUUUAAGUUUUGCACAUGGAAAAGUCAUCAAAUGAUACUAAAAGCAGGCACUGAGAGCAAAUUUUAAUAUCAAAAUGUAAUUAUGGAAAAACCCUCAUGGCCUGAUUCAUUAAUGAUGCAGAUCUAAAUAUAAAUGAGAUCCCUGAGUACCCUUCAGAAUUGUUGGUACAUGAUAAACAAUAACAUGAUGUACCUUUGAGACUGUCUGUGCAAACUACGGUAUGUUUCCUUAAUGAUCUUAAACUUUGGUCUUGAAAAAGAAAUGCACAAAGCAGAGUAACCUUCAGCCUUUUUAAGGUCUAUGAGCUUUGUUUGUCCAGCAUGAGAUGCCACUAUGGAAGACGGUCCCACUAUUUUAUACAAAGUUUAUUUUGUCUCAUUGAGAAGAAGCUGUUGAGAAUAUUUUGUUUACUAUAGAGUAAGCAGGGAAAGAUGGUUAUCACUAUUACUGGCAGCUUUUCUCAAGUGCUGGAGUUUGCCAAUAAUAGAGGUAAUCAUAUCAGUGGUUGAGUGCACGUUACCACAUGUCAGAGAUAAUUCUUUUCUGAUACAGUGCCUUUGAAGCAAAUGAUUUUCUAAGAAUUCUGAAGAGUGUCAUACCUUGGAUUGUUCAUCUUUUACAGUCUUAUUUGACGUUUUUUACUACUCUGUCUUCAACAGUACUUAUAAUUAGCACUGGGUGUGUUCUCUGUGUUGACUAAUUGCCAUGCAUUGGAUCAUAGAAAAUGCACUAUUUGCAACAUAUCAGCAAAUGAUUAAUAUGUAAAGUGUCACCCCUGUUAAUGAUAGUAGGUCAUUAAAACAAUAAAAUCAAAGCUAUUUUGAAUUGUC